UGUGAAAGGCGGUAUGGCACUAGGGAGUAAUAUGGUGUCAGCAGCUGGUGGCUCGGUGGUCACCCUACACUAUCUUAGUAGUGCGGCCAUAUUUGUGUUCAUAGGAGACCUGUGGCGGCUUUGACGUUUCUACCCGUUUGGUUCGCUUAUCAAUGCACUUGGGAACUUGAGGCCCUCAAAUGGAUAUACACGUGAACGUGCCCGAAGCAUAUUGGAGCUGAAGCACCGCUUGAUUGUCCUCAAAUCCAGGGUGGGUGAGGUGCGGGGUGAUGCCGCCGCCACCGCCCCCGCCCGCGCCUGGAGGCCUGCAGCGGCGCGGCCCACACGCCCCGCCCCAGCCCGUGCCCAAGGCGGCAGGUGGCGAUGACCGCAACGCCCUCCUCUCCUCCAUCAGGACCGGCGCCAAGCUCAAGAAGACCGUCACCAACGAUCGCUCCGCGCCGAUCAUAGAUGAAAAAACCGGUGGGGCCCAACGCGGUGGCGCCGCCAGUAGACCGUCCCAGCCACACGCCCCGUUCGGUAUCGGCAAGCCAUCCACAAAUGGUGCAGGAGGUGGAGGCAGGGGAGGAGGAGGGGGAGGAGGGGGAGGAGGAGGAGGAGGGAGGAUGAUGAAUGGAGGAGCACCUCAGCUUGGACUCAUAGCAGAUGGGGUGAACAGAUUGAGACCCACAGGGCGAUUACCGGCCAAUUCCUCGGCGAAUAGAAGUGCGCCAUUAUUACCUCCAGGAAGAAAACCUUCGCCAGUUGUUCCAGUACGAGACGUGUCGUUGGAUUCUCAACACACAACAGACAGUAACAGUAUACCGCCUAGUCCAAAGCCUAGUAGUAAGAGUAAUCCAGCCCCUCCACCACCCCCUGCUACGUCGAAACCUUCUUUUCCAAAUGAUCGGCCUGCGAGAGGCCCUCUUCCUGUGCCUCCGAACCCUGCUAGUAAACCUGCACCCCCUAGACCGCCUAUGGAUGAAAUUCCCACUUUGAUUUCCUCUGAAAGUGGGUAUCACCCAGCCCUUCCAAGUAAGCCAGUUUUAAUAAACAAGCCAUCUGUUGGAAGCAAACCAGCGCCACCCAGACCCCCCACUGGAACAAAGCCAACACUUCCACCAAAAGGGUCGGGACUACAGCCAAAUGGAAGUACUCCACCUUCUAGUAAACCUCCAAGUCGGUCUGAGAGUAUGAGAGAAUAUCGAACUCCAAGUGAAUCAGAAUUCCAAAACCAAAACAAUAGUUAUUCAGGAGAGGACUCUCUCAUGCCAUCUCGUACCCUUCCAACUCCCUAUCACCAUAGAACUGCUCCAGGUGGGCCUGGUGCAAGCCUUGGGUCUAUUCGCCCUAACACGGUUGGGCGCCAAGGGGGUGCUAGUAUUGUGAAAUCUUUGACACGCCCGCCUUCUGAGCGACCACCACCUCCGCCCAAUAGACCAAGUGUUCCUCCACCAAGUCAACCCCCUCCACCUCCACCACCAAACAGACCAAUUCCAGUUCCUUCAGCAUCUUCAAAACCUGAGCCACCUGGCACUGCACCACCACCACCGCCCAACAGAGUAUCGUCACGCCAUUCAGGGAGUGACUUUGAGAGCAAGUUUCAUUUCCAUACCGCUCAGCACUUUCCAUUGCCAAUCAUAUACCAGAACUGCACCAAGACGUACCCUAGCAAGAAUGGUAAGAAAGACAGUCGACCUACUGAGCAACCUCCAGAGGCUCCAUCACACCCUCCAUCCUCACCUCAGAGUUCACCUGCACCCUUAUUCACUACUCCGAAUCUAAUGUCUACUACUUCGGGUUUAUUUCCCAGUUCUCCCCCCAGUCUUGAGAACAGUUCUUUUCCUAGUUUUCCUCCCAGUCUCCCUCCCAGUCUCCCUCCCAGUCUCCCUCCCAGUCUCCCUCCCAGUCUCCCUCCCAGUCUCCCUCCCAGUCUCCCUCCCAGUCUUCCUCCCAGUCUUUCCCCCAGUUUUUCUCACAGUCUUCCUCCAAAUCAUCAUUCUAAUUUUUCCAGCCUUCCGCCCAGCCUUCCGCCCAGCCUUCCGCCCAGCCUUCUUCCCAGCCUUCCCCCCAGCCUUCCCCCCAGCCUUCCUCCCAGUCUUCCCCCCAGCUUUCCUCCCAAUCUUCCUCCCAAUCUUCCUCCCAGUCCUCAUUCCAGUCUUAAUUUUCGUAACCCUGCCACUAUUCCUGGUAAUUUUAAUAAAAGUGCCAUUGAUUAUCCAGCAAACUUUUCGUCAUCUUGGAACACUCGACAUUUCCAGUAAUUUUGUACAUCACUGAUGAUUUGUGCAUAAUAGUAGAUCUAUUUAAGAUGCAGUAUUUCACUCCCACAUAGGGGUGAGUAGUGAAAGAUUCACAUUGGUUGUCUUAGGGGUUUACAUGUCUGCUAUCUUGAUAUCUAGAAUCUGAAUGAAGGUAUCUACCUUGAUUCAUUCCUGAGUAGAAAUGAGUGAGUAUGCUUCUUGAAUGUGUGCGCGCACUUGUGUGUGUUCUCUGUUUUUGGCUGAAAGAAAGGCAAAUCAAUUUUAAUUUAGCCUAAGAAAAGAUAAAAUAAUAUAAUACAAACAGGAAAAAAAGCAGGCUGACUGUAGCUUUCCACGUGUAAUAGAUUCGAUAGAUUCUCUAGCAGGUAAACACAGUGGAGUUAUAAGUAAUCACAGAAAGUUGUCACUGGAGCAAUGUUUGGGUUAGUGGUUAUUGUAGGAAUGCUCGUGUGCAGACCAGAAGGUACCUGGGGCAAAUGUGACUUGGAUUUUUGUUUUAUAUAAAUUGUUUACUUUAUUCAAGUGUUUACUUUUUUGUAACCCUUAGUGAUGUGCUUCAUGUCAGUGGAUUCACGAGCCAAACUCUCGCCUUGCUAGUUGUCAUUGAUUGGCAUUUGGGGAUUUCCGACACCUAAGUAUCCAAAUGUUAUCAUAUUAUUCUGGUAUCAAGAUAAAUGUCAAAGCCCUGAUAUUCACUUGGAAAAUGCCCCUUGUGUCAUCGGCCUAUAUGGAAGUAAAUUGAAAGACAUAAUGGAUAGAUAUUUAUGUGGCAGCUUGCUUUUGUAAGAGAAUCAAGAUUUUACUUAGUGCAUAUGAUUUAGGUUAUAAUUAUAAAUCAUUGCCUAGUAUCCAUAUACCGCUUCUCCAUGCAUAGCUCUUUCCCAUAUGGUCUUUGUAAGCACUUAAGCUACUCACAAAUGGGGCCUGAUGUGCUCUUGUACUCUACUGUACUCUACUCUAUGGCCCUUUGUGCCAUAUGGUGCGUGUUUGCUUCAGUAACUAUCAUCCACACGGAACAAACACACACACUAGAGGUAGCACGGGGCUAUAUGGGUCCCUUUCAGAACCACUGCUCUAGAUAAUGCUCAGAAUUAGAGUUUGAUAUACAGACUUUAAAAUUAUAAUAAAGGUUAUAAAGAUUUUGUAAGAAACAACAACCCAACCACCACCUUCCUGUUGUAUCUCUGUGGCUCUAUCAUAAAAACUAAGAAGAUUUGUUACACAGGAUCUUCCUGUUCAAAAACCAUACUGUCUGUACUUACCUAUUUGUGCCUGCAGGAUCAAGUGUUGGCUCUUGAAUGUUAAUAAACCCUGGAUGAAUGUUAGUGAAGUGUACAGGUUUAGAAGUGGCAGACAAUGCUGAAAAGCAGUUUUUCUUUGGCAUGACCCUUAAGAAAUUCCCUUAAAGGGAAUUGCUAUUAUAAACAACUUUUUUAUUAACUCAGAGAAUUUGUAAACAUUGAUGCUGGUCAAUUAUAUACAAUUUAAUUCCUAAUUUAAAAUGAAGAUUUCAGAGAAUGACGAACAAGUACAAAAUUGUCUUAUUAUGCAUAGGCAGAACUAACACAGCUCCAAGUGUUAUCAGCAAUUACCUCUGGCACACAAAUGGCCAUAUGCAAUUUCUUCCAUUUGAUUUGUUGACUAUAGGUUAAUAGUCAUAACCUAUAGUCAAUAACAUUCCAGGGUUUUGCCGUGCACACCGUGAUAUGCCUGUCAAAACUGAGCAGGCCAGGGGUUAAAGCCAUGGAAAAUGAUACAGUUCCAAGAUGAAAUAAAUACAUAAGCAAGUUAAACAAUUAGAAAAUAUCUGGAUACUUUAUGUUUAUAUUUUGUAUUAUAUUAUGUUUAUCACGAGGUUUAUGGUGCACCCCUAUUGGUACAUUGCAUUUCUUUUCAUAUUAUUGCAUUUCUUUUCAUAUUAGUGCUUGAUUGAUUUUGAUAAAUCGUUUAUUACUGCAUAUUUUUUGCAUGACAUUUUGUUUGUUGUUUACUUUAGGAAGCAUAAAGUUAUAUGCAGGUAACAUAGCUAUUGGCAAUUUUAGAAAUAAAAUCAGUAAGGAAACA